AGAGGAGAUAUUCUUGUGUGAGAUUGAAAAAUAAAAAGGUGAUUAACAACAUUGUGGAUUGAGAAAGGAGAUAUUCUUGCUUCUCCUCCAAGCCUACACAUUCUCCGCCAUAUUUAAGACCUUCACACCCCAAAAACCGAUCCUCUUCUUUCUCUUAUUCACGGAAUCCCCAACUUUUUCCAGCUCAAAAGAAUUCAUUACUCUAUCUCUCUUCUCUCUAUAAAACCCAACACCUUCACAUUUUCACUAUACACAAUGGCGUCGCCCUUCAUCUUCCUAAUUUUCUUCUUCAUAUUCAGAGUGCAUCAUGCUAUAUUGGAUCCCAAUGAUUUCUUGGCUCUUCAAUCUAUUCGUAAAUCGCUUCACGAUGUUCCUGGCUCUAACUUCUUUUCUUCUUGGGACUUCACCUCUGAUCCAUGCACAUUCUCCGGCGUCUUCUGCCAUGCCGACAGAGUCGUCGCUCUAAACCUUGGCGAUCCCCGCGCCGGCUCCCCCGGCCUCACCGGAAAACUUGACCCCGCACUCUCCAAGCUCUCCGCUCUCGCCGAAUUAACCGUCGUCCCCGGCCGAAUCUACGGCCAUCUCCCGCCCUCUCUCUCUGCACUUACCAAUCUCCGAUUCCUUGGCAUUAGUCGUAAUUUCAUCUCCGGCGACAUUCCGGCAGGUUUAGGCAACCUUCGCAGCCUGAGAACUCUCGAUCUCAGCUACAACCAGCUCUCCGGAACAAUCCCUCCGGCGAUUGGAAACCUCCCGGAGCUCGUCAACGUCGUCCUCUGCCAUAACCGUCUAACCGGUUCGGUUCCCAGAUUCUCAUCUCAAACGCUAACCCGGCUCGAUCUGAAACAUAACACUCUCUCCGGUUCGAUCGAACCGGAUUCCCUCCCUCCCUCACUCCACUACCUCUCCCUCUCAUGGAACUGGUUCACUGGACCGGUAGACCGGUUACUAAGCAGGCUCAACCAGCUAAACUACCUCGACCUAAGCCUGAACCGGUUCACCGGUUCAAUUCCAGCUCAACUCUUUACGUACCCCCUAACAAACCUCCAGCUCGAGAGGAACCAGUUCUCGGGUCCGGUCCAACCGGUCAACGACGUUUCGAUCCAGACCGUUGAUCUUAGCUAUAACAGAUUCUCCGGUGAGAUAUCGCCCAUGCUGGCGAACGUGCAGUAUCUUUACCUGAACAACAACGGGUUUUCCGGGCAGGUCCCUGCCAGCUUCGUUGAUCGGUUGCUGGCGGCGAGUAUAGAGAUUCUUUAUCUGCAGCAUAAUUACCUGACCGGAAUAGCGAUAAGUCCCACGGCGGAGAUUCCGGUGAGCAGCUCGCUUUGCGUUCAGUAUAACUGUAUGGUGCCGCCGGUGCAGACGGGGUGUCCGGUGAGGUCCGGGACGCAGAAGAUUCGGCCUGCUGAGGAGUGCAAUCAAUGGAGGGGAUGAUGAUUUUUUGAGUAAAAAGAAUCAUAUAAUAUAAU